AGAGCAGGUCACGCGGAGGGCAGCAGUGUAAAAUCACAAGGGGUGAUAAGAUCGAGAGGACGAGAGGAGGACUCCGUAGUGGCAUCCACCUGUGCCGUGAGUGAAUCUAUACCAUCUCCUUCCGCAACUACUUGUACUAGUACCUUUCUCCAAGCUCUGUCCCAACCCCCCACUCUGCUUCUAUCCCGCCGACCCGCCCGCCCGGCAGAACCCUGUCUAAACCCCCAAAAUCAUCCCAGGAUUACUCUCCUCCUCGCCCCGAUCCGCCGGGAGCAGCCGAGAGACGCCCCCCCCCUGCCCAAAUCCGGAGCUUCCUCUCUGGCUGCGAGGCAUCGGGCUGGGGAUUCCUGGCGCGGCGCCUUUGCUUGCUUCACCCGUUUCUUGGAGUGCGAGCUCGCUCACUGAGAGCGGCAGAUCUCAGCGCCGAGCCCCAGCAAAAGCUGCAAGCCCCCCCACCCAAGCCUUUCCUCGGCCAUUCUUCGCUGAUUCUGGCAAGUAUUUGCAAGGGGAAAGUUUGGAGAAGCUUUUUCGUCCUCUGGUUUCCCCAAAUUGGAAGACGCUUUCUUGGAUGAGAUUUGUGGUGGAAUCUCAGUAGCGCUGGUGGAGAUGGGGAUGUGUCCUGCCGACUCCCUCGCCGCCGGCCGGACCCGCCGCGCUGGGUCCCUCGCUCCCCUGCCCAAGCGCGUCUGCGUCUUCUUCGUGGACGCCGACGCCACCGAGUCCGAGUCCUCGGGGGACGAAGAGGUCAGGCGCGGCAGGCGGCGCGUGCGGAAGGUCAUCGACAUCAGCGUGAAGGCCUCCUCUCAGCCGUCUCCGGCGUCGUCCGUCCCGCGGAGACGGGCUCUGCUGCGGCGGCGGCGGGUGGCCAAGGCCGGCGACGGCGGCUACCGUCGGCGGUUCCGUGGCGUGCGGCAAAGGCCGUGGGGCAAGUACGCCGCGGAGAUCCGCGACCCGAGCCUGCAGAAGCGGCUGUGGCUCGGCACCUUCGACACCGCCGAGGAGGCUGCCGCCGUGUACGACGACGCGGCCGUGCGCCUCAAGGGAUCCCACGCCGUCACCAACUUCUCGUCCAGCUCCAGCUCCGACUCCGACUACGUCGCGUCCGCCAAGCCCCGCUCCCCGCCGCAGGCCAAGCUCCGUCCUACCGGGGAAGCGGCAGCAGAGGCCCCCGCGACCGUUCCCCCUUCCGCGCCGUCGCCGCCCUCGCAGCCCGAGCCCGAGGAGGACGACGCCGACUCGUUCAACCCGUUCGCCUCGUCCCUCACCCCCGUCCUCCGUCGCGCGCCCGGCGAGGCGCCCCGUCCAGUGGACCACCUGUACGGGGAGCUCAGCGACCUGGCCUCGGCCGCUCCGCCGUCCAAGGCGGUGGAGUUCGACUGGCAGCAGCCGUGGUGGGACAGCGAACCGAAGGCGACGGAGUUCGACUGGCAGCUGCCGUGGUGGGAGAGCGAGGACUUCGUGAUGCCGCCGGCGGCGAGCGCCGUCAGCGUGAUAUGACGCCCCUGCCCCUACCCCCACCCCCUGCCGCGGCGUUUCGCGCCCUCGGGGCGGGCAGUGGCGGGAGACGCGUGAGGCAGUGGCGGGAGAUGCGUUGCGUUCCAGUACUGUUACUAUUAUUACUUCGUUUAUUAAUUAGAUCUACUAGUACUGCGUACACUCCAGUAGCCGCAGCAGCAGAGCAGAGGAGUGAAUGGUUGUUGCUUGUGGUGGUGGUGGUGGUGGUGGUGAGCUCAGGCGGGGGCCCCGCCCUUGUGCGUGACCCGCCUUAACUCGCACGUCUCCGGCGUGGAAAUGGAGCAGUGCGGUCGCGUCGCAGUGCCGACAGUGGCCGCAUGCCCGUUACUGUAAUGACGAGUAAAACUGUAAUUGUUGUCGUGAUGGUGUGUUUGUUUUA